AUGUGGGCUGCGGUCACAGUUUCUUUCACGUCGGUUAACGACCAGCUGAUCGCACAGCCACGGUCAGCUAAAAGACAAUCCGAGCAAUGCGACGUGAAGACGGUUAAUUACAGUGUGACCACAGACGCACCUGUGCCAUAUGGUUUAACUUCACGGUCAGCAAACGUGCGCCGGCUUGUCCGAGGGAGGGACGCGCUCCGCUGCCCAGCCGACGCUCCAAAUUUGAAUGAAGCCGUCAAUCACGAUCACGUAGGUCUACUGCACAACGCCCGAGCGGAGGGUUGGACGCGGCUGGUGCAGACAGUCGAGACCAACUUGCCGCGCAUGCAGCCCGCGCCUAUCGUUAACCGCGGAACGGAAGUGCAG